AUGAUAAGAACUUCCGCACCCGAAGGUGUUGCUCAUACGGGAAUUCGUGGCAAGUCCGAAGUCGCCAAGUUUGAUCUCCGUGCCGUCCUGACUGCACAUAAUGUUCUCUGGUUUGAGAUCACGGUGAUAGAUGCCCUUGUCGUGACAAUGUUGGACGGCAUCAAGAAUUUGCACGAAGAUCUUGCGGACCAAAUCGUCCUUCCCGCAGAACGAAUGACGCUCGAUGAUAGCAGUGAACAAAUCGCCACCAGGGCAAUAGUCCAGAACCAGGUAGAUGAACCAGUCAUCUUCAAUAACUUCAUGCAAGUGCCAAUAGUGUCCGGAUGGCUCGGCCUUCACGAGCACCUUGACGGCAUAUUCCUUUGGAGCGGGGUGCGAGGAUGA